AUGUACCUAAUAGUGGAGUUUGAGGGAGAAGGGACGACUGGACCAGUUGCCAAGUCCUGGUAUGCUGACGGAUACUCUUGGUGGCCACCAUAUAAAGACAUUGACAGGCUGUUAAAGAGUGUUAAAAUCAUGGAGACACCACAGCCAGAGAAGGGGUGGACCCGGCAUAAAACAAGAAUCCUGCACGAGUCAGCAUCUUUUCACAAUGUAGCCAACAACUGGAAGAAGGCCAGUUAUACAUCCGACAUAAAUUCAGAACCUGAAAUUGCUGGAAAAAGGAUUCCAAAAAAGAAACUGUGCUCCAACCACAUCUACUCAUCGGAUGAUGAGGCACCAGAACAACCACCUCUUAAAAAAAGAAAAAGUGCAGACAAAGAAAGUCUUCCACCAGCACCAAAGCCUCCUUCAAUUCCAAAACGCACAAAGAAAAAAGGUCCUGUUGUGCAACCUCAGGUUUUGCAGAGCAGAGCUGUAAACUCUUUAAGCAACUCAUUUGUCAAUCAGCAACAAUGUGAUAUGGAAGACCAACAGCAGACCUGGUGUGAGAGUCUCCCCAGCUUUCAAGCUCCAGUGCGUGUUUCUCAGCCAGACCAUCACGGAGACGGUUGGAGUGUUGAUCCACCUAACACACAAGAGCACACCUUUUCUGUCAUGAGACCCUCAGGGGACCACCUUGGACGAACGCAGACGACUGUGGGCAUCUCUCAGGCAGACCAUCACGGAGCCGGCUGGAGUGUUCAUCCACCUAACACACAAGAGCACACCUUUUCUGUCCUGAGACCCUCAGCGACUGUGGGCAUCCCUCAGCCAGACCAUCACGGAGCCGGCUGGAGUGUUGAUCCACCUAACACACAAGAGCACACCUUUUCUGUCCUGAGACCCUCAGGUGAUUGUGACCACCAAGGAAGAACACAGACGACUGUGGGCAUCUCUCAGGCAGACCAUCACGGAGCCGGCUAUGGUGUUGAUCCACCUAACACACAAGAGCACACCUUUUCUGUCCUGAGACCCUCAGGUGACCACCAAGGAAGAGAACAGAGUACUUCUGGUGUGAGACAGGAAAAUCCAGUCUUGCGUCUGGUUCCAAAUCAAUGUACAUCUGUAGAAAGGGCCAUUCUAGAAACACUAGAGAAAAUGGACAUGAAGAUCAACCACCUGACUUCACUGGUCCAGUCUCUAGUGGGAAACAGGCGCUUUUUACCCCCAGUGGCAGUGCAAAAUGAUGAGGAAGAUGGAAUCUUUCCUCUAGCAUCCACUGAGGAUCUAGACCGGCUGGAGCAAAGUCUGUCAGACAGAGGAUUUAUGCAGAGAAUGGUGAACAGAUUAUCCAUCAGCGGCGGGCCAACAAUGAAAAAGACCGUCUGGAGAAUCUGCACAAAGGUCUUCAGCACCAACGUCGCCCGCCAACUGAACUGGUGUGGGAGAGGUGACAAGCGGGGGAUAAGGAGGACAAACGUCGGGUCACUGUUAACCGCUUCAGCCAUGAGGAAUCCCGUCCUGCCGUCACCAACAGAAGCAGAGGCGGAAAAAUAUAUAAAAGAUUUCCUCCGCUUGGCUCCAGGGAGGGAGUAAUUGUUUAUUUAAUUUUAUUCUUAAUUUAUUUAAUUGUUU